CUUUCUUUUUCUCUGCUGUAGAUCAGAACGUGUCCCGGCAGUAGGAGUGAGGCUGAGCUUUAGAAGAGGAAAAUGAGUGAACUGGACCAGUUACGCCAGGAGGCCGAGCAGCUGAAGAACCAGAUCAGAGAUGCAAGGAAAGCUUGUGCAGAUGCUACACUAUCACAGAUCACAGCCAACAUCGACCCUGUUGGCCGAAUCCAGAUGCGCACAAGAAGAACACUGCGAGGACAUCUGGCUAAAAUCUACGCCAUGCACUGGGGCACCGAUUCCAGGCUGCUCGUCAGUGCCUCCCAGGAUGGAAAACUCAUUAUUUGGGACAGUUAUACCACAAAUAAGGUCCACGCCAUUCCUCUGCGCUCCUCCUGGGUGAUGACCUGUGCCUACGCUCCUUCAGGGAAUUACGUUGCUUGUGGAGGCUUAGACAACAUCUGCUCCAUCUACAGCCUCAAGACUCGCGAGGGGAACGUGCGCGUCAGCCGUGAGCUGGCCGGACACACAGGAUACCUCUCUUGCUGCCGCUUCCUUGAUGACAACCAGAUUGUGACAAGUUCUGGCGACACCACCUGUGCUCUCUGGGACAUAGAGACCGGUCAGCAGACGACCACGUUCGCAGGUCACACCGGUGAUGUGAUGAGUCUAUCCCUGGCUCCAGACACCAGGCUGUUCGUGUCAGGAGCCUGCGAUGCCUCCGCCAAACUCUGGGACGUCCGUGAGGGCAUGUGCAGACAGACCUUCACUGGCCACGAGUCGGACAUCAACGCCAUCUGUUUCUUCCCCAAUGGAAACGCGUUUGCGACUGGCUCUGACGAUGCCACCUGCCGGCUCUUUGACCUGCGCGCUGACCAGGAGCUCAUGGUCUACUCUCACGACAACAUCAUCUGCGGCAUAACCUCCGUGGCCUUCUCGAAGAGCGGCCGCCUGUUGCUCGCCGGCUACGAUGACUUCAACUGCAACGUGUGGGAUGCCCUCAAGGCUGACCGCGCUGGUGUGCUGGCCGGCCAUGACAACCGAGUAAGCUGUCUGGGUGUAACUGAUGAUGGUAUGGCAGUGGCUACAGGGUCCUGGGACAGCUUCCUCAAGAUCUGGAACUGAACGCUGAAGGUGCUUUCAAUACAACAUGUCCGACACAAUAUCAUUUGAACUCCAAAGUUGACUGGAAGACCAUUCCAACUUUAGAAUGUUAAAUUUCACAACAUCAACAACAACAAAACACCUUCUAAAACUGACUGACACCACCAUGAAAAGAAAUAAAACUUCUAAGGGAAUACAAUGCCUUUCCUACACCAAGAAGAGCACAAUUUGUUUUAUCACCCAGCUUAAAAAAGAAAAAGAAAAAAAAAAACAAGAAGAAUUCCUGUGGUAUUAAAUGAAUAACUUGCAUUCCCUCUCGGACCAUUCUGUGUCACCCUGUAAGAGAAAACACAAAACACUAUCAUCCCACGCUUGUGUAUCAUGUGUCUAGAAAGCAAAUGUUGGAGUGUAAUUGUACAAAUUAUUUAACUCUUAUUUUUUCUUCUUCUUCUUUUGUUCCUUUUAUCUGAUAGUCCAUCUUCUAGAUCUUUUUCCCGCCUGUUUUAUCUGUUUAGAUGAUAUGUUUCAGAUUAGUAAAACUUUUAAUCCUGUUAUAAAACCAUGUGAAAACAAGAAGAGUCAUGUAAAAUGCUGAAACUAGACCAGGAUGGAAGAGAAGCUUUUUUGACCAUGCCAAUCAUGUGUUUUGUUUUAUUUGUUCUUUUCGUGUGCACUAGGUUGCUCUAGAGGUUGUGUAGUUUUCACGAGCUUGCCUCGAGGGAGAGGUAAAGUUCACGCGCCCUCUUGUGAAAGCUUAAUAUUCAUAUUUUGGGCGUCCCCCAAACAACGUUCACCUCUGAUCUGUUCCGAUUGUUAACAUCGCUGGGUUAUUGCCGAUCACCGGCUAAUAAGAACAGCCUUAGCUUUCUACAAAAUGUAAUCCUGAUCUGUGCAUUAGUUAACUUUCAGUGUGCAUCCUGGUCCUUUGUCAUUAAAGAAAAAAAGAAAAUGCCAUAUCUCUUUGAAAUACUUUGCCAUUUCUGAGUACGAGGUACUCGCUUCAUUUAUCUACGAAUGGCUGUUGUAAAUAUGGGUAUCCGACUUGCACGCGAAUGCAGCAUUAUAUCCUAGCUAAUGUUUCUUUCCAGUCUCGUCACAGCUUUGUUUGCACAAUAAGAAACUUGACUAACGUUUUAAGCGUUAACUAACCAAGCACAUGCUGUUAAUCACAUUGAAUGCUAAUUUUAAUGUAGAAAAUGCACAAAAAAAAGUAAAAAAAAGAAAAAACUUACCAAAAAAAAAUAAAUAAUCCUCUCUUUCAUUGGAUUUAAAACGGUUCAAACUAACCCCUUAGCUUAUCUUCUGGUUUUACGUUUAUACGUUCCUUUUGAGCUUUUGGCUUCAAGUCCGAAUUUUGGGAUUGUUUUGGUUGGCGGGUGUUAGGGAGGUCGGGUGGGGAAUGUUUAGUUUUUUUUAGUUUUUUUUCAGUGGUGUCGGGAUGGGUGUUUAGAAAAACGAAACCUUUUUCUUUCUUUUUAGCCCAGUUCCAGAGAGAGAACAGAUAGCCCUGUCUGUGCUUGGAAAUACAGUUACUACUAUGUGAAUGAAAUGUUGUACAAAUCAGUGUCUGAAAA